AUGAAAGAAAUUGAAGAAGACACAAAAAAUGAAAAGAGGCGCUGCGCUGCCGCCGCCAUAAUCGUCCCGGUGCGCUGCUUCACGUACGACAAGAUCGUUGGCAACAAGCGGGAGGCCUACCUGGCGCUGCUGCAGGCCAAGUACACCGAGAGGGAUGCCCUGGGCGCGCUUGGCCUGAAAUGCUACUGCUGCUGCCGCAUGCUACUGGCGCACGUGGACCUGAUGGAGAAGCUGCUCAACUACGCGCCUCUGGAGAAGUGA